CGGCUUUCCUCUCUUAUCAACCCGAGCGCUCUUCUCCCCAACUUAUCGAUUUUUAGGGUUCCCCGCGGCCUCUUUCGUUUCAUCUCUUACCAGCCGCUCUUCUCCGCAAGUGAUUCGAGGUUGUAGGGUUCCCCGAGCGUUCCUCCGACGAUGGGUCACUCUGCUGUGUGGAACUCCCACCCAAAGAACUAUGGCCCGGGUUCUCGCGCCUGCCGUGUAUGUGGGAAUCCUCAUGGCUUGAUCAGGAAAUAUGGGCUGAUGUGCUGCAGGCAAUGCUUCCACAGCAACGCCAAGGCAAUUGGCUUUAUUAAGUACCGUUAGGACAUGGUGCUAGCAUCCAGGUGGAGAAACUGCACAAGGCCUGGAGUAAAUUCGUAUUUAAUCCGUUGACUACGUUGAUGUUCACAUAUGCACCUUUUUUGUUAGUCAUGUAGCAGGAUUGUGGUCUUUAAAUAUUUGUUUUUUGCUCUCUCCCUCUAACGGUACAAUGUUUUGAAUCUGAGGAUAUUAAAAAUCAAAUAUGGUUGCAUUAA